CAAGCAGAAGAAGAAGAAGAAGACUAAGUCGCUAACUGUUUUAUCCUUCUCUGUUUGGAAUCAUCGGGGAGAACAGCAUUUGGGCUAAAUAUUUUAGAGUUUACAGGAAGAAUGUCCUCAUCACAGCUUCAGAGAGAGUUUACCGAUCAGCAGGAGACUCGUGCUGAGGAAUUAACAGAGUUUAAAGAAAUCAUCGUUAAGGCCGAGGAGGAGAGCGAUGAUCAGAGCCGACAGAUGGACUUAACUCGGACAGCCCAGAUAAUCUCACACCGGAUAGACUUUCCCCCGCUUCAUGUUGUGAAGGACGAUGGGUUCCUAGUCGAACCGCUUCUCUUUAACCAAGAGAGCACCUCUAGUUUGGACCAGGAGGAACCAGAACUGCUUAGGAUAAAAGAAGAGUGGAAGACGGAGGAGUUGGAACAUCGGCUGACAAAAGAAGAGCUGGAAAAGCUAGCAUGUGAUGAGAUAAAAGAAGAGCAAGAGGAGCUAGCAUAUCGCGAGAUAAAAGUAGAGCAAGAGGAGCUAGCAUAUUAUGAGAUAAAGGAAGAGCAGGUGGAGGAAGAACAUCAGCUGAUAAAAGAAGAGCAGGAUAGUCAAGACAAAGAGCAAGUUGUGGUGAAGUUGGAGACUGAUACCUUCACAGCAACUCCUAUAAGUGAUGAAAAGUACUUCACAGAAUUAAACAGAAAUCUACUUAUGUCUCAGGACUCUUUUGAGGCUGAGAACCAGGAUCUCGCAGGAAACAAUCCUAUAUAUUCAGGACCAAACGCAGAAGAAGAGCUGAACAGAAUUAAAAGCAGUUUGAAAUCUAGACAGCAUGAUGACAACGCUGUUGGCACAGAACAAAAUUGGCUCCAAAUAACUCAGGAUAAAGAUUUUUACUGUACAAGUUCUGGGAAGGAUUUUACUGAAAACAGCUCAUUUACUAACCACUUGGCAAUGUGUACAGAUGAGAGGUCUUUUUCAUGUGAGAUUUGCGGAAAGAGUUACAGUCGAAAAAGCCAUUUCAUUGUUCACGUGAGAACCCACACCGGUGAGAAGCCUUUUUCGUGCACGAUUUGUGAAAAAUCUUUCAGUCGAAAGGGUCAUUUAACCCGUCACAUAACUACUCACACGGGUGAGAGGCCUUUUUUGUGCAAGGUUUGUGGAAAAAGUUUCCGUCUAAAAGAGCAUUUAUGUCAUCACAUGAUAACCCACAUAGGAGAGAAAUGUUUCACCUGUGAGAUUUGUUUAAAAACCUUUAUUCAAAAAGGCCGUUUAGCUCUUCACAUGAAAAGCCACACAGGUGAAAAGCCUUUCCUAUGCAACGUUUGUGGAGAAAGUUUCUACGGGAAAAACAUGUUAAGUGAUCACAUGAAGACGCACAUUGGUGAGAGGCCUUUCACCUGCAAGAUUUGUGGGAAAUGUUUUAGUCGAAAAGGUUUAGCUAUUCACAUGAGAAGUCACACAGGUGAGAAGCCUUUCUCAUGUUCGAUUUGCGGAAAAGGUUAUGGUAAAAAAAACCUUCUUAAUGUUCACAUGAGAAUUCACACAGGUGAAAGGCCUUUCUCGUGCACGAUUUGUGGAAAACGUUACGGUAAAAAAGGCAUUCUUAACGUGCACUUGAGAACUCACACUGGUGAGAGGCCUUUUUCGUGCAUGAUUUGUGGAAAAACGUACAUUAAAAAAGUUCAUUUAACUGCUCACACGAGAAGUCACACAGGUGAGAAGCCGUACUCGUGCACAUUGUGUGGAAAAAGUUUCCAGUACAAGAUUAGUUUAACCGGACACGUAAAUACCCACAAAGGUGAGAGGCCUUUUUUGUGCAUGAUUUGUGGAAAAACGUACAUUCAAAAAGCUCAUUUAACUGCUCACAUGAGAACUCACACUGGGGAAAGGCCGUACUCGUGCACAUUGUGUGGAAAAAGUUUUCAGUACAAGAUUAGUUUAAUCGGACAUGUAAAUACCCACAAAGGUGAGAGGCCUUUCUCCUGCAAGUUUUGUGAAAAGCGUUUCCGUGAAAAAUGCCAUUUAACUAAUCACAUAACAAUUCACACUGGUGAGAAGCCUUUCCCGUGUAAGGUUUGCGAAAAACGCUUUCGUAAAAAGUUUAGUUUAACUGUUCACAUGAGAACUCACACAGGCGAGAAGCCUUUUUCAUGCAAGAUCUGUGAAAAAUGUUUCCCUAAAAAGUCUAGUUUAAAUAUUCACUUGAGAACUCACACAAGGGAGAAGUCUGUUACGUCCUAGUUGUGUGGAAAACAUUUUGAUAUAUAUGUUUUUAAAUCGUUCAUAUGAUGAUUCACACUGCUGCAAAGGGUUGCCCUGUUGCCUUGCAGAAAGAAGGUCCUGGGUUUGACUGCUAGCCUGGGCUCUUUCUGCAUGGCGUUUGCUUGUUCUCUCUGCUGUGAAAACGAGAACUUAGCACAUGGGAAGUCACACCGCUAAGGUACCAAAAAGCAGAAAUACUGAGGAUUUCCACAGGUUAGAAGCUUUAAGAGUUGUAUGACCAGAUAAGUUAAAAUAGUUUAGCAAGCUUGAAGGGCGCCUAGCUUGUUUAAUACUAAAACCUGCAGCUCUUAAUACAAAAAGACAAAAAACAUUUUGAACUUUUAAUGGAUAAUUUUCAAGUGUAGGUUUUAUGUACCCAUUAAUUUUAUGUGGCGAUGUUCUUGUUUCCACAGAAACUGACAUAAUUCUGGCUCUCUGUUGCCUUUUAAAGGAGUUUAAAUUUAUGUAAAGGAGGAAAUACACGAGACGCAUUACAGCGGGUAAGCACAGCAAAGCAGCUUACGCAUGUCCUACGCUUAGGUUAGCUUUUCAUUUUAAUCAAUCAAUUUACACUAGAAGCAUGAUAGUUGACUUCCGAAAGUAUCCCAAGAUAAUACUCGGGUCUCAGUUUGGCUACAAGGUGGCAGUCACCUUUUUGUUGAUGCUGCGGAAUAUAUGUAUGUAUGUGACUUUAUAAUUUAAGAGUUUUUUAUAAUUUGUAUAUUUAGAUUACACCUUUGAAGGAGCACAGUUCAUAAAGCUAUUACAAGUGGAGAAUGUUUAAAUCAAAUGUACACAUCUUUAUGAUAUAUACUUGUAAUGUUUUUUGGAAGGCCAUGUAACAUUUACACAUUUACACCCAACACUUAACAGAAUCACAUUUGCUCAAUUCAGAUGGACAUAAAGAAAAUGCAGACUCCAAGUCGUCUUACUGUGACUGCUGUCUUGGAGUACCAGCACCUCUCUGUUCCUGUCAUAUAUGAAGAAGAGGACAAAAAAACUUCAUGUAAUAUGUUCGAAUUGUGUGCAGUGCAGAAUAAUAAAGUUGGAUUACAAAUG